AUGAACUAUGAAUACUCAUAUGAGUAUUCUUCCCUUUCCUCACCGUCUUCAUCAUCGUCCGGGACAGACCAAAGAUUGUACUCAGACAACAACUUCGGAUCAAACGGGAAAUCACCAUUAUCAUCUUUGGCGUCAGAGUCACCACCGCAAUUAGUAUCACAUAAGAAAAGGGCAGGAAGAAAGAAGUUCAAAGAAACUAGACAUCCGAUUUAUAGAGGAGUAAGGGAGAGGAAAAAUGAUAAGUGGGUUUGUGAAGUUAGAGAGCCAGGUAAUAGCAAAUCAAGAAUUUGGCUUGGAACUCAUUCAAGUCCUGAAAUGGCAGCUAGAGCUUAUGAUGUUGCCGCAUUAGCUCUUCGAGGAAAAUCGGCUCCGCUGAAUUUCGAAAAUUCUCCGUGGGUUUUACCUCGUGCUAAGUCAUCGUCUAUUAAAGAUAUUCAAGCUGCUGUUGCCGAAGCCUCUCUAGCUUUCCCAUUCUCGCCUGAUUCUGGACCAUCUCCGAUGAUGACCAACAGAGUGUCACAUUUUAAGCAAUUAUCCAGAAGAGUGGAAAACAAUGUUGAUGAAGCAAUUCAAGAAAAUUCUUCCAAGUUUUUGGACGAAGAAGCGUUGUUUAAUAUGCCGUCAUUAAUCGCCAGCAUGGCGGAAGGGAUGCUACUUGACCCACCAAAGGAGGGUUACUAUUUUGAUGACUUGGAGUACGGUGUGGACAGCAAUUUGUGGAGUGAGUAG